UAUAAUAAAACUAUUUUUAGUUGUCAAUUUUCAUCUCAAACAAAAAAUUUCAAUAACAGAUGAUUUCUUAAAAACAUUAAUUAACAUAUCUUGAUAAUAUGAAAGAAAGUAAUGUAAACAAAAUUGAAAGAUUUAAUAAAUACACCAAAUGAUUGUGUUAUCUUUGAUAAUAAAAGUAUACAUGCUUUUUAAUACAUGCAUGUGUACAUUUCUCCUCGUCUUUCUUAAAUUCACUAUAACAUUACCUCCUACUAUUACAUUUAGUGUAUCUUUAUUUGAUAUGCUGAUCUCUUUCUGUAUGUAAUUUUUUAUUUUUUAUAAUAUUAUAAGUACUCAAAGAGAAGAGCGUAAAGAAUGAUUUGUUGUGUUAAUUUGUUGCCAUGGUUAAAUUGAUCGUCGCGCAUGCGUACGUUUAUUACACUCUACAAUAUUACAAGCAAAGUUGUAACAGCCUUCCUAAUUACAAAACUAAGAAUUUUCAUCAAAACCUUGGAAAAUUUGCUUAUUUAGUUUGAAAUAUUAAAAUCUUUCUGAUCUGAAAAUAUUAAAAUUUGUUCAAGCAUCUAGAUAUUAUUCAGUGUACUGAAUGGAAUAAUAAAUAAAACUGUGUAAAAGUAGAUUUCGAAAAAUUUCUAUUUCAUAUCAGUAUUUUAGAAGAUAUAACAGAAAAUUACAUUUUGGUCCAGAAUGACUCUGCCACUGUCAAGGACAGACUAUGCAGCUGUAGGUGUCACAUCUAAGGGAACCACCAAAGUCUUCCCUGCCACAGAACACAGGCAAACUCAAAAAUUUGCUGUUGCUGACCAUGAUGGUGUACUUCAUGUAUAUGGUAUAAAGAAAGGAGAGCUACAAGUUUCAUUUAAGUCCUUACCAGGACCAAGGAUUAACAAAUUAGUUCUUGGGGGUACUGGACAUGAUAAGAUUUACAUUGCACAAGGAAACACAGUGAAGGGGUACACCAAGAAAGGAAAAUUGUUCUUGGAAUUUGAUACAAACCUUAUAGAUCCUAUUUCAGCAUUAUAUGUGCUGGGUCCAAAUUUGGCAGCAUGUGCAAGAGAUCUUUACCAUAGAUACCAUGAUUGCAAAGAUGCUGAUUCCUAUUUAGCUGGUGAAACUUUAUAUGACAUUGUCCUCCUACCUACUGAUGGCAAUUUCAUGUUUGCUAUACUAGCUUGUGGAGAUUGUGCUAUACGAGUCCUUCAUGGCACCAAAACCCCAGCAAUCCUCAGACUUCCAAGUGUGCCCACAGUAUUAUCUCUCUAUAGGUUUCUAAGUUUUCUAAACUAUUUUUAUAUUACUUUGUUUAUAUUUCCCAAGUGUCUUUCAAGUAUUUUUUAUAGGGAAGGUGACCUUGAAUCUAAAGAACGUGUUCUGGUUGGAACUAUAGAUGGCAAAGUGGGUUUGCUGAUCCUUCAUGGCAACAAAACACUGAGGAUCACUUGGCUUUUGAAUAUGACAGGCUCAGAAGUCACUUCUUUAGAUACUUAUGAACUACAGGAUGGUCUAGAUAUACUUAUUGGCAGACAGGAUGGUACCGUUGAAGUAUAUAUUUUUCCUGAAGAAGAUACAUUGCCAUUUCUGCGGUAUCGUUAUAAUGCCAAGGAAAGCAUCAGUUCAGUGGUAGGAGGAAUAAUUGGUGCAGCAGGAUAUCCUGAAGUGUUAGUCACCACAUAUUCAGGACGAAUAUUUGGCUUGACUACUAAGCCUCCUGGACUACUAGAAGCUGACCAGAAUGACGGUUUGACCAAGUUAAAGGCAGAGAUAGAACAAUUACAGGAAAAACUUAAGGAGGAGAAAGAAGCAGCUAGUUUUUCAAUUGAUCCUUUAGCACCAUUGAUUCUAUCUGUAAACCAUAGAAUGAUUUUAAACAGAAAAGAUGCAUCAUAUUCCCUUUCCAUAGAACUUGAUACACCUAUUGAUAACAUUUUGAUACAAUCAGAUACUCCAAUUGAAUUAUUGGAUGUGGAAAGUAACAGUGCAGUAGUUAGUCUGUCUAGUUGUAAUCCUAGAGAAGGCAAUUUUGUUCUUGCUACCUAUCGUUGUCAAGUAAAUACUAAUCAUCUUGAAAUGAGGUUAAGGACAAUAGAAGGACAACCUGGUACUUUACAGAUUUACGUCACUUCACAAGUACAACCAAAAUGUUGUCGCAAAAUAUCAAUACCCAUAUCUGCUCUUUCUCUUCAUGUAAGACAACACGAAGCCGAUAACUCGGAAACUCACGUUGAAGGACCCUUUAAUGAAUUGAAAUUAAUUGGAGGUUUUACUGUUGCAGAAAUGCAUGCAUGGCUUUCUUUCGCGUUAUCAGAUGUACCGGAGAGACCCCAUUUGCAGGAAGGAGAAGCUACUUUGACAUAUGUCUCAUCUUUCAUUGGAACCCUCCUAAAAUGCAAAUACAAAAAAGGAAGUGCAAUUUUCCUAGGAGAGAAUAUAUCAAGCAUCAUAAUUCUCAGAGACAUAUUGACCAGAGAGGCAACAAAAAGAAAAAUCAAAUUAGACGUCUUCUGUGGUAUAUUAUAUAUCCAUCAUAAUAUGAAUUACUAUUUUCUUUUUAAGAUUUCUUCUCUUAUUCCGUAUUUCUGCAUAGAUGUUUCUGAUGGUAGUAUAUCCAGAGUAUUGGAAUUAAUUUUUCCACAAUUAAAUGCUGCUCAUGACCUAAUUACAAAAGUAAAGAUUUUGAAUGCUCUGGAGGAAUGGGAGUUGAAGGAAAAUCCUAAAGAAAAUUUGUGCUCAGAGUAUCAGGAAUUGGUACAGAAGGAAUCAGAGAUCAAAUCCCAAAUGGCAAAGGACAAUGAAAUAUUGGAGAGGCUACACGCAGUAAUUACAGAUCUCUAUGUUGAUUGGGAAAGAGCGAAACAUUCUCGUAGAAUCGGUAGCAAAGACGUUGCGGAGAAGCUCAGCGCAGCCCUCAAGUCCAGAGAAUUAGCUCAAGUUUUACAAGCUUUUAUCGACACGAGUAACACGGUAGCUCCACCAUCCUCGUAUAAAGACUGAGCUACAAACACCUCUUCUUUUUCUCGCUUUGUGGAAAAUGCAAUAAAAGUGGACCACAGUGUUUCUAUAAAUGUUUUCACGUAAAA